CGCGACCUUGAGUGUCAGUUCCAUAAUGGCUGAAGAUCCUGGAGGAGCUUUCUUUAAUUUCACCCUCAUUUUUAUCGGGUUUUCUUUACCUCUGCUGGAAAGAUGGCAGGGCACACAGCCUCGAUAAACGGCCACAGACCCUCGCUCUCGUCAUGCCCAAGAAAGGGAACCGAAAACGGCUGAAAUUCAAAGCCGAGGAUGUUUGCUCGGAGUCAGUAACUGUGGCUGACUAUGCCAACGCUGAUCCAGCCAUCGUGAAGUCAGGAAGAGUUAAAAAGGCGGUUGUUAAUGCAAUUGAAAAAGAAGUGAAAUUACUCUGUGGACUCGAGGCAUCACAGGGUCCUGUGCAGGAGGUCCUCUCAUCUGCAGUCGGUGUGAGUAACGCAGUUCAUGAGAGCAGUGACGAACUGGACUCAGAGGAAGGGGAUGAAAUCAGAGGGUCCAGCAAAAAGAAAAACAAAAGAUGCAAAGAACACAGUGAAAACAUAGAUGGAGAGGAGUAUCCCAUUGAUAUUUGGCUUGUGCUUGCUGCAUACAUUCGUCCAGAAGAUGUCUGCAGAUUCUCUUUGAUCUGCAAGAAUGCGUGGACUGCCACAUGCACUGCUGCAUUUUGGAAACGACUCUACAAAAGGCACUAUAAUCUUGAUGCAGACCUCCCUGAUCGCCUUCAGCCUGAUUUUAUCGCAAGGAUGCAUUGUCUUCGUGCCCGUGUGAUUCGCUCGCUUUUUCACUUAUAUGAGCCCUUUAGCUUGCGUGUGUCCAAAAGCCCUCCUCUUCCUGAAUCUACACCUACUACACUCCUCAAUUCCAAGUGUUUAUUGUUUUGGAUCCACAAAGUUUCUGGAAGUAGGUCAGAGCCGAUGUGGGAAUUCAACUUCAAGUUUGUGAAACUGCCAACCAAAGGCAAAAAUGGAUGUAGGAUGGGUCUUCAGCUGCCCAAGCAGUAUAAAGAUGUUCACAUUAAUCCAGACUCAGACUGUUACCUACUGCGGGUCACUACCCUCAAUUUCAUUUUUACUUCUGUUGUGAUGGGCAUGACAUUAACUUUGUUCAACAUUAAUGUGAGCACAGACAUGAGGCACCACCGAGUGCGCUUGGAGUUCCAGGAUUCACCAGUCAUUCGGGGAAGGAAACUUAGGGGUGAACAGGGGGUGCAGGUAGUGCUGGACCCUGUCCACAGUGUACGUCUCCUAGACUGGUGGCACCCUCAGUACCCCACAUCUUCAUAUAAUUAGACUGAUGAACUCCACCAAUCUUCUGGAUUAUAGAAAUAUUGAAGACAAUUCGGGCCUGUUUCAAUCAUAAAGUCCUGAGUUGGUUUUUCUGUUGAUUUUUAUGGCGCUUUUCCACUGCGUGGUAUGACUAGGCUCAGCACAGCUCGACCCAACGAAAGGAACGUCUGCACUUUGUGGUACCAUUUAAAGCGAGCCUGUACCGUACUGUACCAUACCAUGCAGUGGAAAAAUGGCAGAAGUGAGCCGUAUCGUACCAUGCAGUGGAAAAGCGCCAUUAGGCUUUGAGCUUAGUGUGCUGCUUUUAUGGACUUUCUAGUUUGAUCAGAAGUCCUAACUCAAGGUCUCAGGACAUUGUAGGAUGAAAUUGCCUUUAAUAAUUUGGGUAGCUGCCAUAUUUAAUUUGACAUAAAUGAAAACAAAGUGGGAUGUCAUGCUGUUAAUUUUCAACCUGUUUUUAAUUUUUUUUAGUCCACUAAAAAAAAAAGAUUCUUGAAUGAUCGAGUCCCAAGUGCACUAAUGUACUUUCUGAAUAGACUGUAAUUGCCUCCCUCAGUUUUCGUGUAUGGCAAAAAAAAAUUAAAUAUGACAUCUACAUCAGAAGUACAUGGUGUGCUUUUCUUUCCUUUGAAAGUGAUUUAGUAAUUCAGCAUUUCAGAAUCAAGCCAUCGUAAUAGUUGCAUAGUCAGAUUUGCAUGACUCUAAUCUUGAAUCAAGUUUUUUUUUUUUUUUUCUAUCUCUGCAAAUUUGUGAUUCGGUAAACUGGAUGAACAUUCAAAUCUAUCAAAAAAAUCGUAAUGUUAAGAAAUCUCCUAAGGUUGUGCUGGAAAGGUGUAGCUUAACCCAUUUUGAAUAACUUCAGAUUUAGGAUAGAAAAGCUGCAUUUCAUUUAUUCAGUGCUUUCUUUGGGGCCAUUAUGAGUUCAACUUGCUACGGUGCAUGAUUGCCUAGUUAAAGUGGUUCUAAUUGACUCUGUUGGCGAGGGAGUUUCUAAGUGUUGUAGAUAUCAAAGUGGUUAAAAGAAUGAUAUUGUUUGUUAUAAAGAGAAGUUAUUAAGCAUAGAUUAAAUAAAUGUUAUUGUUUUUUUUUUCCUUAUUAUAAUCAAACAAUAGAAGUUUGUGAAGUAAAUUCAGUUUCUUUUAAGCCUUGGAGCAUUUGGUUUAGAUUGGAAAGUUGCGUCAGAGGGCACUGAUGUUUUGGGCUAUUAAACAAAAUGAGCUGUUAUCUGUUUUGUGGUUCUCUCCUGCAUGGGAAAAUAUACUGACACCCGGUGGGCCAAGCUGAAACAACAGUGGGGAUUGUCUGCUUAUGUUGCUCCGUUCUGAUUGUAAUACCAAUGAAUUACACUCUGUAUGAUUAUAUAUUUGCUGGAGUUAAGAACAGUUGUGCAUUAAACAAAUGCUUGACAACUGAA